AUGUGUUCGAAGACGAGUCUUACUUUCUUAGCUCUAAUAAGCAUUGUGGCUUGUGUUAAUGGACAAGCAUUGGGUUUCGAAUUUGAUUGUUUGUAUGAAGAUGCAACAAUUUUGGACAUUUUCGGAUACACUUGCACGCUGACUGAUAUUGAUUAUGACUUCAGUUCACCAUUUUACUUUAUAAGAGUUGGAGGCGAACAUCUUGAAGGUAGAACCAACGCAGAUGUCAUCAAUCUUCGCAUACGGAACUCAACAAUCAAUCGAAUUCCAGCAAAUAUUUUCAAUGUUUUUCCAAAUGUCGAAGGCCUUGAAGUAAUCAAUUGUGGUACUAUCAACUUCAUUCCACCAGAUUUCUAUUUUGCUGAUCGUCUUAGAGAAGUUUAUAUUGCUGAUAACAACAUCACAACGCUGGGAAACUCUGCUUUUACUUUCGCAUUCAACAUUGAAAUCUUGAUUUUGUAUCAGAAUCAAAUGAACAGCCUUGGACCAAAUCCUUUUAUUAAUCUUGGCAGAGCAACUUUUGUGUCAAUUGAAAACAACAACAUAACCGUUUUAACUCCAAGAAUGCUUCGCCCGCUUCUGAGCUUAAAAAACUUUGUUGCAUCGGGAAAUCGGAUUGAAGAACUUGAAGGUCGCAUGUUUGCCAACAACCCUGAUCUUGAACUUGCACAUUUUGAGAGAAACAACAUUCGAGCUAUUGGCCCAAGCUUUUUGAAUAUUAACCCAAAUUUGGAAUCACUUCGACUUUCAGGCAAUGCAUGCAUUGACGGAAAUUUCGACAACGUCACUUUGACUGCCAUAAGAGAAGCUUUAGGAGAAUGUUUCAGGAACUCCCCUUGGGGAACUCAAGUCUCAUUAACUGUUGUCGGAAGUUUGAGCAUUUUCGAUGAAAAUGAUAAUUUAAUCACUCGCAUUGAAUAA